AUGGUAUCUGCACAAAGAAGAGGAAGAAGUUGGGGAGAUGGUGGCAAUAGGCGUUCUUAUGGUGAACUCGGUUAUUUUUCUCACAAAUGUGAAAAUGAUAUCAUAUGUAAUACUGUGAUUGACAAAGUACCAUAUUUCAAUGCACCGGUUUAUUUUGAAAAUAAAGAACAAAUUGGAAAAGUGGAUGAAAUUUUCGGAAAAGAAGGCGAACAUGGCUUUUCAGUAAAAUUGGAUAGUGGUUUACAACCUUCCUCUUUCACAGUGGGGCAAAAGAUAUAUAUUAAUACUCAAAAGCUUUUAAGUUAUGAUAGAAUUGAUCAGCCUCGGGGUAGAGGUGGAAAUCGAGGAGGAAUCAUUCGUUCCAUAAUGUUUUUGUGUAUAUUUUGA